AUGUCUAAACGUCAACAUAAUUAUACUUUAGUGUGCUUUAUUGAUGAACUGUUGAAAAAUAAUAAAAAAAGCAUUGAUGUGGUUCCAUCCAGUUGGUUAUGUUACAAGAAAAAUGACAAUAGUGUUCUCUGUCCUUUUAUAAGUGAUUGCUCGAGUAAUUCCGACAUGCAUCAAUUUCAUGAAGCUGUGAAAAGUUUACAACCACCUUCUAAGUCGUGGAAAUUAUAUCCAAUCGAAAUAAAAGGAUAUGCAAGCAACUAUGAAGAAGCAUUAAAAAAACUGGCUACUCUAGAAGUAGAAAGUGAUGUAUUUUCCAGUGACUUUGAAAGUAAAAAUAAAUCGACAGAUAAAAACGUAAGAAAACAAAAUCGCUUGAAAGGACAAAAACAUAGAAAAGUCAAAAAUUAUCAAUCUGCCUUACUAAGUACAGUUGACUUAACUCAACCGAUCGAUGCGAACCAAGCACUUUUAACACGAAAAAGAAAGCGUUCAUCACAAGAAAAUAAGGACUCACCAUUACCUUCACCAGAGACUAGCCAAGAUAAUACAUCAGUGGAAAAUGAAUCACGUGGCUCUGAAGAGGAGGCAACAAAUUCAUUUAGCCCUGCAGAAGAAGCUGGAAUGAUUGAUAAUAGAAAAGCUGUUGAAAGUCAAUUGCAUCAUUCUCAACAAGAUAUAUUAAAUACAAUUGUUCAAGAAUUUGCGGAUUUGAAGCAAACUUUUUCCAACUCCUUCAUGAAGUUAACAGGCCAAAUAUCGACAAUGCAAAGUGAGAUCAUAGCUAUGAAGAUAGCUGUUGAAAGAUUUGUAGAUCAUAAUCCGAAUCGACUAGCACCACCUACAACAAAGCAUCAUAUUACUUUGAAGCUUCCAUUUACAACGGUAGAAAACUUCAAAGAAUUUGAUGCAAAAAUUAAGGUUGACGAGGCCUUAAGAAAUGAAGUAUUUGAUAUAAUAUGGGCCCAGAUAGACGUUAAUCAAAAAUCCAUAAAUAAAGUCGUUGGAAAUAUAUUCUUGAAAUUUUGCAGUCGAGAACUAUUAGAAAAUUACACUGCAAAGAAACCAGUUGCAGGAAAGCAUGUGAUGUCGGAAACAGAGUUUUAUAAAUGUGCAUAUUCUAAAUUGAACGAGGUAUUCAAAAAUGAGAAGCAGCAACCAAUAACCGACACCAACUUUUAUAAAAGUCUUGGGGCUGUAUUCAACAGCGCCAAGGACCGAGAAGGGCAACGGAAUUUAAGAAGACAAAAAAAACAAUCGGAAAAUUUACAUGAUGCCGAAGAAGACAGCGUUUUUGAAGAAGUAACCGCAAAUAUUGAAUAA